AUGCCAGAUUUGGAAAGUUUAUACACGCUACACGCUUAUGGAAAGCUUUCAAAAGUCCGUUUUGCCGCUUCGCAACAGGCAUAUGAUAGUCGGAUCACGUUAUUCGCAACAGGUACUUGGGACGAAAAAAAGAAUAAUGUUUUAACGUUAUGGAAAUUGGAAGAAAUACCAAUCAGUUUGCGCAAUCUCGUUCCUUUUUCAUACGAGAAUAAAAUUAUCGCUAAGAUAGAUCACAAUGGAGAUGUGAGGGAUAUGCAAUUUAUUAACGAUAGUAGCGAUACGCAACCUAAAUGUCUUCAAGUGCAUCAAGGUAAAUUAUUACGUCAUACAGAUUUUUCUGCUUGUGAUCCGUUAUCUUUAUCCUUUCUCAAUUCUUUUAAAGUCCGAACUUUCUCAGAGAACAAAAGUGCUGCAGCUACGGGAAUGGCGAUCAGACCUUUCAACACCGCUCCAGAUUCUGAAAUUGCUAGUGUUGGGGAAGAUGGUAGACUUGUCCUUUUUAAACUUACUGAUCAAAGUCAUUACCGAAUAGUAG